GCAGAGACUUGAGCUGGUGCAGUCACCUGAGUGAGCAUUCCAGGAAAGGCGAACAGCAGGCGCAAGUGACCCUAGGAGAGAAUGUGCUUGGAGGGUUCGACGUACAUUUACUUGGGACACACCCUAUUUCGGUUUCUCUUCUCCACUUUUCCCCUCGUCCUUGUCCGCCAUUUUCUCUCUCCUGGGCCCUGGACCUCCUGAACGCGGAGGGCUACGCCUCCUUUUUCUCCCGGACUCACCAGGGCUGCCCUAGCUGACAUUUUCAGGGUACAGGCAACUGAGAGUCAGGAAAGGUGACCUCUUCUACCUCGGGUCUUGCCAUUCUGCAUGUCCUGAGUCAGUCACUGGUUAACUCUGAACUUCAGGUUCCUCCGCAAUUUCUUCUUAACGAACUAGCUACCCGACACCGUCCGUUCCUGGUUAGCGCCUGCGCAGACAGGCGUGGAAAAUAAGUUUUGACCCAGCUUGGCAGUCGUAGUCAGCCGGGAGCGCUGGCGUGGGGGAUUGUGGGAAAAGAUGGCGGCUGCCGCACAACCCCGGGUUGUCCGGGUCCUGCCAAUGUCACGUUCUGCCAUUACUGCAAUAGCCACAUCAGUGUGUCAUGGUCCACCCUGUCGCCAGCUUCAUCAUGCCCUCAUGCCUCAUGGGAAAGGUGGACGUUCCUCAGUCAGUGGGAUAGUGGCCACUGUGUUUGGAGCAACAGGAUUCCUGGGGCGAUAUGUUGUCAACCACCUUGGACGCAUGGGGUCACAGGUAAUCAUACCCUAUCGGUGUGAUACAUAUGACAUCAUGCACCUUCGUCCCAUGGGUGACCUGGGCCAGCUUCUGUUUCUGGAAUGGGACGCGAGAGAUAAAGAUUCUAUCCGACGAGUAGUGGAACACAGCAAUGUGGUCAUCAAUCUUAUUGGGCGAGACUGGGAAACCAAAAACUUCGAUUUUGAGGAUGUUUAUGUGAAGAUUCCCCAGGCAAUUGCUCAAGUGUCCAAGGAAGCUGGAGUUGAAAAAUUCAUUCAUGUUUCACAUCUGAAUGCGAAUAUUAAAAGCUCUUCUAGAUAUUUGAGAAAUAAGGCUGUUGGAGAGAAAGCAGUGAGAGAUGCAUUUCCGGAAGCCAUUAUCAUAAAGCCGUCAGACAUCUUUGGAAGAGAGGAUAGAUUCCUUAAUUCUUUUGCACAUAUGCGUCAGUUUGGUCCUAUACCCCUUGGUUCUUUGGGCUGGAAGACAGUUAAACAACCAGUAUAUGUCGUAGAUGUGUCCAAAGGAAUUGUUAAUGUAGUUAAGGAUCCCGAUGCCAGCGGGAAAACCUUUGCUUUCGUUGGUCCAAAUCGGUACCUCCUCUUUCACCUGGUGAAGUACAUCUUUGCUGUGACUCACAGAUUGUUCCUCCCAUUCCCCUUGCCACUUUUUGCCUAUCGAUGGGUAGCAAGAGUCUUCGAAAUAAACCCAUUUGAGCCCUGGAUAACAAGGGAUAAAGUGGAGCGGAUGCACAUCACAGACAUGAAAUUGCCUCACCUGCCUGGCUUAGAAGACGUUGGCAUUCAGGCAACACCACUGGAACUCAAGGCCAUCGAGGUGCUGCGCCGUCACCGCACCUACCGCUGGCUGUCUGCUGAAAUCGAGGAUGUGAAGCCGGCCAAGACUGUCGACUUUUAGUGCCUCCUGAGCAGCUCUUGGUUUUGGUGUCUUUGGGGUCAGCCCAUGUGGUUUGAGCACCCAGCCAGGUCGUCUCUUUAGAGGAUCCUGUACACAGUUCCACUAUUAAAAACAUUUGAGGUUGAAUUCUGCAGUAUUUUCUUUCUUGAUUUACAAAAUGAGAAAUGCAGUCAUUUAGAACUUGAGCAUAAUUUUUGUUAAACAUACAUAUUUCAUAAUGACAUAUAUACUGUUUAUUCUCUGAAAUGCCAGAGUUUGGAUUUUCCUGUGACACACCACUUCUAGCAUACGUUCUAGAAGACAAGGACCCUUUUUAAUGUCAGAAUAUUGUAAAGACCCCAAGUGAUAUUUGAUUGUUUUUAAUCUCCUUUAAAUGAGAGAGCGUGCAG